GGGGAAAAAGAAUAAGAAAAAAAAUGAAAACCAUGGUCCAUGGCUGGAGCCCGGCAGUAGAAUCAUGCAAACUUGUCCUUCUUGAACGGUAGACCUUCAAAUUCUGUCUUGCUGUCCUUUGCAAUUUCUGGUACUUUAUCCUACGUUAGAUUGAUGAUCUCUUCUUCUUCUUCUUCAUGGAGUUGUCUCAAGACCCCUUCCCUGACAACUCUCCUAGUCUUUGAAAAUACUAACAACAAAGAGUUGAUCAGAAGCUUGCAUGUAUACCGAUUGGAGAAUGGGGAGGAAAAUGAGGUUGAGAGAGAGUUUGUGUUCAGAAAAGAUGGUCCCUAUGUGGAAAUGGCAACAUCCCCAUUUCUUCGAUUGCAGGGGUUUCGACCUCAGGAGCUUUUUGAAGGCAGAGUUACCGGUUUGUGGCUCUGCGUUUUUGCAUUUCAUGCCCAUCGUCUACCUCGUUUCUUCUUCAUUCCUUCUUUACUCUCAAUUUCCAGAAAUCCCAAGCUGAAGUCUAUCCCAACACUUGCCAAUGAUCUUCAAGUGAUUUUCCAGAGGUGUUGUGGCACAGAAGAUAGAGGACCAUCCAGGAAGUCAUCUAAGGAAACGUGCACAAGGGAUGGAGAUAAUUACUGCCAGUUAAAAAGAAGUCUGCUUGUACUUGAUCAAGAUCUUAACUGCCUCCCUAAUUCAAUUGCUACAUCUGAAUUACUGAAAUCUCAACACACUGAACAAAGUGCAACAGGUGUUGCAGUGAAAAAGAAAAAGAGAGCAGACUCUAAGGACAUAGCCAGAAUUGCUCUUGAAGAUCUUGCAAAAUACUUUGAUCUUCCGAUAGUGGAAGCUUCUAGAAAUUUGAAUGUUGGACUCACUGUUCUGAAAAGAAAGUGCAGAGAAUUUGGUAUUCCUCGCUGGCCUCACAGGAAGAUCAAAUCCCUUGAUGGUCUAAUUCGUGAUCUCCAGGAAGAGGCAGAGCAGCGGCAGCAAGAGGAUAAGGCUGCAGCCUUUGCUGUAGCAAAGAGGCGAAUGAUGUUAGAGACUGAGAAGGAAAGUAUAGAAAGAGAACCUUUUAUUGAAUUAAAGAGUGAGACGAAGCGGUUCAGGCAGGAUAUUUUCAAGCGAAGACACAAAGCUAAAGCUCUUAAAAACCAGUGCCUAUCAGUUUUGCACAAUCCAGUGACGGAAUUAGAUGGUAAUACAUAGGACUAUAUAUAUUGCUUACUUGACCAAGACCUUUUAACUUAAAGACUGCAGUAAGAUCAACACUUCCAUAUGUGCACUUUUGCCCGAUGUUGUUGUAAUGCACUAGCACUAGGAGUAAAUUCAUUAUAAAGUUGCUGUUUCAUCAAGGUUCAGUAAUGUGUCUUAGGUACUGCUCCCCUUAAUUAGUCACUUUACCUUCA